GACAGUCGAUCCUCUGUUAUCGUUGUGGCUACGUUUGCGUCACUCGUGAUACUGACAGGUUGAGACGUGGUGGGUUUUAGUCAGAUGACAACAAAAGGCGUAAACAAGGAGCCCCUCUGUCGCUCGAAGGAGACUAACUCAAGAGAACCCUUCAUCCUGUCUCCACUCAGGGAAUCAUGUCCACCACCACGCAAGAAAACAGGCCUCUUCUAACUGGACCAGAACCAAAUAAUGAUCCAGAAAGUGCAAGAUCUCAUGACUCUCAGAGAAGCGAUCACCCAAAGGGAGAUGAGACAAGUGAGGAUGGAAACCGAGGUCUCACAGCAUCCUUCCACCACAUUGAUGAUUCUCACCAACAGACUACAAACUGCGAAACUCUGAUUCAUCUCAUCAAAGGAAACAUUGGUACAGGAAUCCUUGCCAUGCCAGAUGGCCUCAAGAACUCUGGGUUGUACACAGGCACUGUACUUCUUCCAUUCAUUGCUAUUAUCUGUAUUCACUGCAUGCACAUGUUGGUAAAUUGUGCUCAUGAACUGAAAGAGAGGUUGGGAGUGGCAGGGAUGGACUAUGCUGAAGUGGGCUACCAUGCAUUCUCCACUGGCCCAGCUCCCCUCAGACCGUUUGCCAGCACGGCCCGUCGAGUGCUGAAUACCUUCCUUACUCUGACACAGCUUGGCUUUUGCUGUGUCUAUGUGGUGUUCAUUGCAGCCAAUGUUAAACAGGUUGUGGAUUGUCAGUUUCCAGGGAAUGAUAUUGACAUUCAUGGAUAUAUGGCCAUCUUGAUAUUACCAUUGUUAGGUAUUUCAAUGAUUAGAUCUUUAAAGGUGCUGGCACCAUUCUCUCUACUUAGCAAUGUUUUCCUGGGACUAGGACUGGCCAUCACUUUCCACUAUUUGUUGAUGGAUAUUCCCUCAUCAUAUGACAGAGCAGAAUUCAAAUCCUGGAAGCAGCUGCCUCUUUUUCUUGGGACAUCAAUAUAUGCCUUUGAAGGCAUUGGAGUGGUUCUCCCUCUUGAAAGAAAGAUGAUCAACCCACACGACUUCCGUGGUCUUAAUGGUGUUCUUAACACUGGCAUGAUUCUUGUAACUUGUGGUUACAUUGCUGUUGGAUUCUUUGGCUAUCUGAAAUAUGGUGAUGCAGUCCAUGGUUCCAUCACUUUGAAUCUGCCUCCAAGUGACAAUCUGGCACAACUGGUGAAAGUCUUGAUGGCUCUUGCCAUUUAUCUGACUUAUUCACUGAUGUUGUAUGUACCAGCUGAGAUCAUGUGGCCCCACCUUGCUCCUAGAUUUCACUCCUCAAAGGCAAAGUGCCUAGGGGAAUAUGCUUUCAGGGCUUUCUUGGUGCUGGUAACAUGUAAGUAUGCUCUAGUUGUUUUCAUGACCUUGUGGUGUGGUGGUUAGUGUGGCUGAUUCACA